AUGCAGUUCUCUAUUCUAUUUGCGCUUGCGACUAUUGCGUUAAGCAAUGCAGAAUACGUCCCCGGCAAAGCAUUCGACAGAUUCAUUACCAUCUGGCUCGAGAACCAAGACUUUUCCGCAGUCUCCCAAAACCCUCAGAUGAAAAAACUAGCAAAAGACGGUAUCCUCCUCACGAACUACUUCGGGCACACGCAUCCCUCGCAACCGAACUACAUCGCCAGCGUCGGCGGCGACUACUUUGGCAUGAACCACGAUGAUUACGUGACGAUCCCCCGCAAUGUGUCGACGGUCGUGGAUCUGUUCGAUACGAGGAAUAUUGCGUGGAAGGGCUAUUUUGAGGGAUUGCCUGGUCCGGGUUAUAUGGGUGUUGGGAGUACGGGGUUGGGGGGUGGUGGGUGGGAUUAUGUUCGGAAACAUAAUCCGUUUAUUUCGUAUGAUAGUAUCAAUCGCAAUGGGACGAGACUUGCGCAGAUACAGAGCUUCAGGGACUUUGCGAAGGAUGUGGCUGCGAAUACGCUUCCUCAGUAUGCCCAUUUGUCGCCGGACAUGAUGAAUGAUGGUCACAAUACUACUCUAGAAUACGCCGCCAAAUGGAGCGAGUCCUUCCUGACACCGCUUCUGAAGAACAAGGACUUCAUGGAGAAAACUCUCAUCCUCCUAACCUACGACGAAAGCGCUACAUACGAGAUCCCAAACAAAAUCGUCUCCAUCCUCCUCGGCGGCGCCGUCCCAUCAGCCAAAAAAGGCACCAAAGACAACACCUUCUACACCCACUACUCCAUCCUCUCCACCCUCCAAAACAACUGGGACCUCCCCUGCCUCGGCCGCUACGACGUCGGCGCCAACGUCUUCGACCUCGUCGCUCAAACGACGGGCUACGUCAACCAUCCACCUCCCAACGUCGCAUCCGUCAAUAAUUCGCUCUCCUAUCCGGGCGCAUUGAGCGAUGAUCCGGCGCUGUUUAGACCUAUCCCGCCGCCGAAUCUUAAGUUGGUUGGAGCCGGGGGACAAGGUGUGGUGAGUACGGUGAGGAUCGCUUGGAAGGGACAGGAGAACGAGAUGAGUCCGUAUGAUGGGAGUGGUUCUGUGUUUGACGGCGGGGAUGGGAGGGGGGUGGGUAAUUUGCCGGUUUAUGGGGUGCAGGAGGCGGCGCUGAGGUAUACGGCCACGGGUGGGGUUACGGAACCUACUGCUGUGGUUGCGGCUGAGAAGUCGGGGGCGGGGAGGAGGGGGCUGGGAUGGGGGGUGAUGGGAGUUCUGAUGGGAGUGUGUGCGUUGGGGUGGGUAUGA